UAGAUUAGAUUGCUGGAGUACGCCGUGUUGUAGCUGCCUGCACAACAUUUAGAUAAGAUUAGUAUUUUAGUAAUAAGCACAGUGCCAAAUUAGUCGAUAAUUUUUAAAUUUUCAAAAAUACUAAGAAAAAAGUCAAAACUACUCGUCAUCAUGGGUGCCUUAGUGAUGACACUCGGUCUCCUUCUAUUCCUUGGCGUAGCACGCUCUGAUGAAGCACCCAAAGGACCUAAGGUCACCCACAAGGUGUACUUUGACAUGACAAUUGGUGAUGAAGAUGUUGGCACAAUUGUGAUUGGUGUGUUUGGCAAAACUGUCCCAAAGACUGCCGAGAAUUUCAUCCAAUUGGCUCAGAAACCGGAAGGAGAGGGCUACAAGGGUAGCAAAUUCCAUAGGGUUAUUGAGAAUUUCAUGAUCCAGGGUGGUGAUUUUACCAAGGGUGAUGGCACUGGUGGUCGCAGCAUAUACGGUGACCGCUUUGAAGAUGAAAAUUUCAAGCUUCGCCAUUAUGGCGCCGGCUGGCUGUCCAUGGCUAACGCUGGCAAGGACACCAAUGGUUCUCAGUUCUUCAUCACCACUGUGAAAACACCUUGGUUGGAUGGAAGACAUGUCGUUUUUGGCAAAGUCUUGGAAGGCAUGAAUGUUGUACGCAAGAUUGAGAAGACUGUUACAGGCAGUGAAGAUCGUCCAGUGAAGGAGGUUAAAAUUGCCAACACUAAAGUGGAAGUUGUCCCUGAACCAUUUGCCGUUACAAAAGAAAGCGCCAUUUAACAGAAAACAUAAUCUUAUGUUUUAUUAUGUACACAACUAGAUUUAAAAACACUCUUUUCCAAUGCAUUUUGUUAACUUAUAAGUUUGAAGGUUAUUAUGUCUAAGGACUACACACACUAAUAAUUUGAACACUUCUCUGCU